GCCUUUUCUUGUUUGUGGUGGUGGUCGAAUGCGUUGGAACUCGUUUCUCUUUUCAAAAUCCCUUCUGUUCCUCUACCCUUCUCCCUUUCAUACCUUUACCAACCAAACCUAAUUCACUCCCUUUAUUAUCGUCUUUCUAAAUAGCCACGGCGUGACUCCUCCUUUGAAGAAGAAGCCGGGAAUCUUGACAUUCCGGCAAACAAACGGAGGAGAUGGGGUCACCAAAUGAUAAUGCUAAUUGGGUUUUCGAUUAUAACAUGAUAGCUGAUGUUCCUGUUCCUGGAGGUGAAUUGCCGUCUCUUGAGCCCGCAGGAGCUCUUUGGUCUUCAACUCCCUUCAUUGAUAAUUCCUCUGUAAGCGUGGGACUUGAUGGCUCUUUUGGGAAGUCUGAUGUUAUUGAGGACAAUGGAUCGCGAAAACGGGUGAGGCCUGGGUCUUGCAAUUCAGUAGGUUCCAAAGCAUGUAGAGAGAAAAUGCGGAGAGAUAGACUGAAUGACAGGUUUAUGGAAUUGGGUGCUCUGUUAGAUCCGGGGAUGCCUCCUAAGAUGGACAAAUCUGUUAUAUUGGCUGAUGCUGUGAAAAUGGUGAAUCAGCUACGUGAUGAAGCUCAAAAGCUGAAGGAGUCGAAUGAGAGUCUGCAGGAGAAAAUCAAUGAAUUAAAGGUUGAGAAGAAUGAGCUCCGUGAUGAGAAGCAGAGGCUAAAGACAGAGAAAGAGACCAUUGAGCGGCAAGUCAAAAUCCUUAGUGCUCCAACAGGAUUCAUGCCUCAUCCUCCUGCCAUCCCAGCCCCGUUUACCCCAAGCCAAGUGUUUGGCAGCAAGCUGGUCCCUUAUGUUGGCUAUCCUGGAGUUCCUAUGUGGCAGGUUAUGUCUCCUGCUACUCUAGAUACCUCGCAGGAUCCUGUUCUACGCUCUCCAGCUGCUUAAGUUGGCAUGCAGAUUGCAUGCUUUUGGGUUCGCGCUCUCAACAAGCAGAAUUUUUUUUGGCCUUUGUUUAUAUUAAUUCGCAUUAGUUAUGUAUUAUGGUGGUUUUAAUUUUUAUUUUUUCCCUUUCCUGCGUCAUAGGUUUAUUUUUGUCUCUCCUUUCUUUUUUCUAUCCCCCGGGUGGUGUUGGCCAAAAUGUACAAGAGUAGAAUCAGCUUGAUUCUAUGAUAGGAAAUUUGGAAUGCCUAUCAAAUUGUAUGGACAGCUUGUAAUUUCCAUUAAUCAUAAUUGUUAAAUUUCAUUUGCUGA